AUGGCCGCGCUCGCCCUAUGGCGACGAAACACAUACUCAUCGCGGUUACUGGUGUCGUUGCGACAUAGAGCACCAUUUGCGCGUCAAUCAACGCUUGCUUCCUCCGCUACUAUCGAAAUCCUGGGCCAACGGUUCCCAACUGACGACUACACUAACAUCACUCCGGCGAUUAUAUCCAGAACGCACCUGCAGCUGCACACCACACCCGCGCACCCCCUUAGCACGCUCCGCACCCUCAUAGAGUCUGCUUACCCGGACUUCACGCAUGCUUCCACUAUUUCACCUCUCGUCUCACCCUUCAAGAACUUUGACGAGCUUUCAUUCCCAGCCGACCACCCGGGGCGCGCGGUGACGGACAGCUACUAUGUGAACAGGGACAUGAUGUUGCGCACACACACAUCGGCGCACGAGGUAGAGAUGUUCCGCGCAGGCGAGACGAAAUGGCUGCUCACCGCGGAUGUGUACCGGCGGGACGAGAUCGACGCGUCGCACUACCCCAUCUUCCACCAGGUCGAGGGCGCGCGGAUUUUCGACACCAACGCUGCAGGGAUGAAGGAGGUAGAGGAAGACAAUGCGCGUCUCACCAGCUUGCUUGCCACUGCGAACAUCGUUAUUGAGGAUAUACCCCAUAUCUCGCCGACGAACCCUGUGCAGCCCGGCCACGAUCCUGUGUUUUCCGAGCUGGUGGCGAAGAAUCUGAAGCUUUCGUUGAAUAAUUUGCUGCUGAAGGUGUUUGGAGAUGUGGCGGGGAUCAGCGCGCAGGAGCCGUUGCGCGUGCGCUGGAUUGAGGCGUAUUUCCCGUUCACGAGCCCCAGUUUUGAAGUCGAGGUUUUCUUCCAGGGCAAAUGGCUGGAGAUACUCGGAUCGGGCGUCAUACGGCAAGCAACGUUAGAUACAGCAGGCGUUCAGAACAAAAUUGGCUGGGCCUUUGGAUUGGGAUUGGAAAGAAUAGCCAUGGUGCUAUUUUCGAUCCCUGACAUUCGCCUUUUCUGGUCUACAGACCCCCGCUUCCUCUCUCAGUUCAAGCAGGGCCAGAUUAAUGUCUUCCAGCCAUAUUCAAAAUACCCUUCGUGCUUCAAGGAUGUCAGUUUCUGGGUUCCUCGGGAAUUUAAUCUGCACGAAAAUGACUUUUGCGACCUUGUGCGCGAUACUGCAGGUGAUUUGGUGGAAGAUGUUAAAAGGAUUGACCAGUUUGUCCACCCUAAAACUAAUAGAACAAGUCUUUGUUAUAGAAUCAACUACCGUUCGAUGGACAGAUCUCUGUCAAACGAAGAAAUUAACCACGUACAGAGUCAGGUCGUAGCUCGUCUAAAAGAGCAGUUUGGUGUCGAAAUACGAUGA